AUGACAAUACAAACAGAAAACCGCACAAAGCACGUUGCUCAUUUGCCACUUGGCAGCAACUCAGCAUCCCAAGGAACAAAAAGAACUGCCGAGGCGGAGGACGAGCAGAAAGUCUUAAACCUAUAUGACUUCGAUCCGACUCCUCAAUCGCUCAAGGAACAUGUUCCAAUGCAUUUGUACGAUAUCAACUUUAUCUUCCCGUUCCAGUGCUUGAGUUCUAAGUAUGUGAGACUAGAACCUCUCAUCCCUUCAAAACACCUCAAAGGCUUCUUGAGUUUACCACCUGAAUCAUGGACACAUUUCGGUGAAUUAGGUCCUUACUCACGAAAGACAGCUCUGGAAGAUAUCGAAAGCUAUAGACUUGAUCCCGCAUGUUUAUUGCUAGCUGUGAUUGACAUACAAGUGGAACAAGCAGGUGAAGAUGGGUUUGCAGGUGUUUACGCUUUGAUUGAAGUGAAUAAAGAUUUUAUGCACGCAUUAUUUGGAAUAAUAAACAUCUUGCCCAAAUAUCAAAAAACACACAUAAAUACUCACGCAAUGUAUUUGACCCUAAGGUACCUAUUCGAGGCACUUCAUCUAAUAAGAGUACAAUACGAUGCAGUUACUCAUAAUACUGCAUCAAUCAAAUCAGCUGGGCGGUUUGGUUUUCAACAAGAAGGAAUAUGUAGGAAUUUCAAUGGUCUAGUCCCAUCUUUCAAGAGGGUCAAAGAGAAAGCUCAGGGCAAGUCUCAAGAUAUGUGGGUGGGUAGUAUGACUGAUCACGAUUGGUCUAAUGGGGGUCGAAGGAGAUUGGAGGUCAUGAUGCAGAGACCGGUCGUAGAUACUAAAGAGCUCCAAGAGAUUGAGAAAGACAGCGGCCAGAGUAUUCCAGAUGGUUAUGGUCACGGAAAAUAA